CCGCCGCAGCGCCCCACAGUCCGCGCGCCGCCGCGACGCACGCCGCACGCUUCUCGUGUCGUCUACGACGACAUGCUGUGACGAACCACAUCAGUGGACGAGUUGAACCCCAUAUUUAUAUGGACGCACUUGCAACCUUCUGGAUUUUUAGUGAGUUGAUCAGUGUCGGGCCAGUGGUGCAGUGCUGGUGGUGAGUGCGACGGCAUGCCCCUCGGCCGGCGCGGGAGCUGCGCCGGAAGUGCAGUGUUAUGACCGCAACCACGGCUCUCCGCCCAACUACCGAGAACGGAUUGUUUAGAGCCAGAGGCCGGCGCGCCGCGCACUGCCGCGCCGCGCACCGCCGCGCCGCGCGCCGCACAUGAGGGGGCAGUCCAUUGCGCUCGCUCUACUGCUUGUCGUAGCCAACUUCCGUGAUGGUGAGUUUCGUCCCACAGGUAGCCGCUCGCACAGAGAGAGACGCGGGCGCGAACAGUGUACCAUUGCGCUCGCUCUACUGCUUGUCGUAGCCAACUUCCGUGAUGGUGAGUUUCGUCCCACAGGUAGCCGCUCGCACAGAGAGAGACGCGGGCACGAACAGUGUACCAUUGCGCUCGCUCUACUGCUUGUCGUAGCCAACUUCCGUGAUGGUGAGUUUCGUCCCACAGGUAGCCGCUCGCACAGAGAGAGACGCGGGCACGAACAGUGUACCAUUGCGCUCGCUCUACUGCUUGUCGUAGCCAACUUCCGUGAUGGCGGAGGAGCGGAGAGUGCGGAGAGUGCGGAGAGCGAGGACGCGUCGCUGGCGGUGACGGCGAGCGCGGCGCGCGACUCGGCGCUGGCGCACCUGGUGGCGUUGGCGCUGCGUGCGGAGGGGCUGCGCGCGCACGUGGCGCCGCCGCCCGCCGCCUGCGCGCCGCCGCACGCCGCCGACGCGCGCGCCUGUCGCGACGCCGUGUUCGCAGCGCUGCUGCGCGGCGCCCUGCACGCCGCGCUGCUGCUGGCGCCGGCCGCGCGCGCGCCCGCCAUGCAGUGGGCGCUGCGCGACGCGGGGCUGGACGAGCUGGGCGACGCCGCGCCGCCCGCCGCACGCCGCUGCUACGCGCCGCGCGCCGCCGCCACGCGCUCGCUGCUCGACCUGGCGGACGCCGCGGCGGCGGCGCGCCACCAUGUCGCGCCCGAGCGCCUCGCCGACCUCGGAAACGCGAGCGUCUCGUUCGUGCCGCCGUGGUGCGUGAGCGAGCGCGCCGCGUGCGCAGACGUGCUGACCGGCACGCCCGGCGACCUGCACGUGCUGGCCGCCGCCGUGCGCGCGCACCGCCUGUGCGCUGUCGUGCGCAACGCGGGGCCCGCGCUGGCCGCCGCCGCGCCCAGCCCCACCGCGCCCUUCCUUGUGUGCGACUGGGAGCCGCGCGCCGCCGCCCGCGCGCUCGGCCCGCCGCCCUGCGACCUCGCCGACGACGCCGACGAGUGCCCCUUUGAGAGUCGCCGCCUCGUGAAACUGGUGAACGCGCGCGAGCUGGCGCGCUCACACCGCGCGCUGCGCGUGCUGGCACGACUACGCCUCGACGCGGCGCAGUACGCCGAGCUGAUGCGCCUGACGCGCCGCUGGGGCCCCGCCGCAGCUGCCGCGCGCUACGUGGCGGCGCAUCCGAGCCGCACGCUGGCACGCGAGGUGCGCGUCGCCGUGCUGCUGCCGGCCGACACGCGGCGCCAGGCCUUCGACGGCGCGGCGCUGGCGGCGGCCGCGGCGCUAGCGGAAGCCGAGCUGGUGGCGCCGGGCGCGCCGCUACGUUUCAAGGUGGAGACGUACGACGACCGCUGCGACGCGGCGCGCGCCUACCGCUACCUCAACGACGCGCUCAACUCGCGCGAGUAUGAGUCCCUGUCGGCCGUGCUGGGCCCAGCGUGCGGCGCCGCGUUCGCGGACGUGGCGCGCACGGCGCCGGGACCCGUGCACUCGCUGCCCGCCGUGGCGUACACGGCGCAGGCGCCACCAGCCGCGCUGCUGGCGGCGGGCGACGCGCGUGAGGUGGCUACGGUGCUGGGUGCGCUAUUCGUGCAACUGCGCUGGCGUCGCGUGGCCGCGCUCAGCGAGCCAGCCACGCGCGCCGCGCUGGCCGCCGCGCGCCUGCAGGCCGACGUGGUGGCGCACUUGGAGCUGCCGGACGCCGCCACGCCCGAAGUGCGCCUGCUGGCCGCGUGGGCGCAGCGCGUGGCAGCGGCGAACGCGCGUGUGCUGCUGGUGUGCGCGGAGGAUGCGCGGGUCGUGCGCGCGGCGCUGUGCGCGGGGCACGCGGCGGGGCUAACUCCCGCGCGCGGUGCCGUGUGGCUGCUGCCGGCUGCGCUGCCGCCGGGCACGCUGGACGCGCAGCCGGCUGAUGCGUGCGAUGCGCGCCAGCUGGCCGAGAUGCUGGACGGGCACCUCAGCGUGGCGCCGGAGUGGGCGCUGCCGUGGCUCGACCACGCCGAAGUGAAUGCAAACGCUACGGAAGGAAACGACGCUGAAGCGGCGGACCCUUCGGAGGCGCGGCGUCGGGCGUGGGUGGCGCGCUGGCGGGCGCAGUGCCUCCUGCUGGGCGUGCAGUGCGCGCGGCCCGGCCCGCACGCGCCGCUGCUGUACGACGCGCUGCGCCUGUGGGCCGGCGCGCUGGACCGCCUGGCGCGCGCGCGCCCCGCCGCGCUGGCCGACCUGCACGACGCCGCUCUCGUGAGGACCCUAGUCGCCGGCGCCACGGAGACCGAGUUCGAAGGUGUAACGGGGCGCUUCGCGUGGACGAAGGGCGACGCGCCGGCGCGCGCGGCGCCGCUGCUGCUGCUGCAGUGGGAUGACGGCGCGCACCGCGCGGUGGGUCGCUGGGCGGACGGGCGCCUGGCGCUGGGGGCGCUGCGCUGGCGUACGGCGGACGGGCGCGCGCCCGACGACGGCGCCGAGCCGUGCGCGCUGCGGCCGCUGGCCGAGCUGCUGCGCGUGGAGUGCCGCACGGCGGGCGCGGCGCUGGCGGGGCUACUGCUGGUGGCGGGCGCGGCGGCGCUGGCGGGCGCGGCGCUGCUGUGCCGCCGCCGCGCCGAGCGCGCCUACCGCGCGCGCCUGGAGGAGCUGGGCCUGCACGCUCUGCUGCCCAAGGCGCUGGGGCGCGAUCGCUGGGAGCUGCCGCGCGAGCGCGUCGUCAUCAACCGCAAGCUGGGCACGGGCGCCUUCGGCACGGUGUACGGCGGCCACGCGCUGCUGGACGGCGGCUGGAGCGCCGUGGCCGUCAAGACGCUGAAGGCGGGCGCCAGUACGGAGGAGAAGCUGGACUUCCUGGCCGAGGCGGAGGCCAUGAAGCGCUUCGAGCACGAGAACGUGGUGCGGCUGCUGGGCGUGGUGACGCGCAGCGCGCCCGUGUGCACCGUCAUGGAGUUCAUGCUGCACGGCGACCUCAAGGGCUACCUGCUGGCGCGCCGCCACCUGGCCGGCGCCGCCGACGAGCGCGAGCAGGUGUCGGCGCGUCGCCUCACGGCCAUGGCGCGCGACGCGGCGCGCGGCCUGGCCUACUUGGCGGCGCAGCGCUACGUGCACCGGGACGUGGCGGCGCGCAACUGCCUGGUGGGCGCGCGCCUGCAGCUCAAGCUGGCCGACUUCGGCAUGACGCGCCUCGUCUUCGAGAGCGACUACUACCGCUUCAGCCGCAAGGGCAUGCUGCCCGUGCGCUGGAUGGCGCCCGAGAGCCUGGCGCUGGGCGUGUUCUCGCCCGCCAGCGACGUGUGGGCGUUCGGCGUGCUGCUGUACGAGAUCGUGACGUUCGGCGCGCUGCCGUUCCAGGGGCUCGGCAACGGCGAGGUGCUGGCGCGCGUCAAGGCGGGCGGCACGCUGCCGCUGCCGCCCGGCCUGCGCCCGCAGCUGGCGGGGCUGGUGGCGCGCUGCUGGCAGCGCGAGCCGCGCGCGCGCCCCGCCGCCGCCGAGCUGGCCGCGUUCCUGGCCGAGUGGCCGCGCCUGCUGACGCCGUGCCUGGACGUGCCGCUGGACGCGCUGGCGCUGGACGAGCUGCCGGAGCCGGAGGGCGAGUGGCGGCUGCCGCGCUGGGCGUCGUGGGCGGCGCCCGCGUCGCAGGCCACCGACACCACCUACCUCAGCACGGACUGACCGACACUACCUACCAUUCCAAUCCAAUUCAUUCUAGUCAAGUUUAGGAGCUCACUGUUAGAGUUAGAUGUUGAGCAGCUAAGAUGUUGAGAAGCUAUAGACUAUAGGGAAGUCACAAUUUUAUGUACGCGUGUGAUAGACUUUUUUACUUCCAAUAUCGUCUCGACGGACCGCUGGCGGCGACCGGCGGCGAGAGAGAAAGAAAAUGAUAUGUUGUUAUUAUAAAAAAGAUCAUAUUUUGUAAAAUAAAAUUUAUUUAUUAAAUGCUUGCCGCUUCA